UACAUCAGGAAAAUGGAUUUGAUUAUUAAUGUGAACGAGUUUGAAGCAAUUGCAAAGCAGAAAUUGCCAAAGAUGGUUUAUGACUACUACGCAUCGGGAGCCGAGGAUCAAUGGACUUUGAAAGAGAAUCAAAAUGCAUUCUCAAGGAUUCUGUUCAGGCCGCGAAUUCUUAUGGAUGUAAGCAACAUAGAUUUGAAAACAAAUGUAUUAGGCUUUGAUGUAUCAAUGCCUAUCAUGAUUGCUCCUUCAGGCAUGCAAAAGAUGGCUCACCCUGAAGGAGAGUAUGCUACUGCUAGGGCAGCAUCAGCAGCUGGCACGAUCAUGACACUAUCCUCAAAGGCUAAUUCUAGUGUCGAGGAGGUUGCUUCAACCGGACAAGGCAUUCGUUUUUUCCAACUCUACGUGGUUAAAGACAGAAAUGUGGCUGCUCAGCUUGUGAGAAGAGCUGAAUCCGCCGGUUUCAAGGCAAUUGUGCUUACCGUCGACACUCCAAUUCUUGGUCGCAGGGAGGCUGAUAUUAAAAAUAGAUUUACAAUGCCACCGCACCUUGUAUUGAAAAACUUUGAAGGAUUGAAUCUUGGAAAGCUGGAUAAGACUAAUGAUUCCGGUCUAGCGUCUUAUGUUGCUAGUCAAAUUGACCGCUCACUCAGCUGGAAGGAUGUGAAAUGGCUUCAAUCAAUCACCUCAUUGCCAAUUUUAGUGAAGGGUGUACUUACUGCUGAAGAUACAAAGAUAGCUAUACAAGCUGGAGUUGCUGGAAUCAUUGUUUCCAAUCACGGUGCUCGCCAACUUGACUAUGUCCCUGCGACUAUUAUGGCUUUAGAAGAGGUUGUGAAAGCAGCUGGUGGAAAAAUUCCGGUUUUUCUGGAUGGCGGAGUCCGUAGAGGGACAGAUGUUUUUAAAGCACUAGCUCUCGGAGCAUCUGGUGUAUUUAUUGGAAGACCUGUGGUGUUCUCACUAGCUGCUGACGGCGAAGCUGGUGUUAGGAAAAUGCUACAGAUUCUCCGUGAUGAGUUCGAACUAACUAUGGCGCUAUGUGGUUGUCGCUCGCUCAAGGAGAUAACUCGCAACCAUGUUGUCACAGAGUGGGACCUUCCAAGAAUUGCUCCUAAGCUAUGAAAUGACAGAACUACGCGAUGAGGUGUUGUUGAAAUAAUUUAGGUUUCUGUUUUAAUAAGUUGUUAGA